AUGGCUGCAGAUAACAUCUCCUCUGUGACAGAGUUUAUCCUCUCAGGCUUAACAAACCAGCCAGGACUCCAUCCGCUCUUCUUCUUGUUUCUAGGUUUCUACAUGGUCACCAUAGUGGGGAACCUGGGAUUGAUAACCUUGAUUGCACUGAAUUCUCACCUUCAUAUUCCCAUGUACAUUUUCCUCUUCAACUUGUCCUUCACAGAUUUUAGUUUCUCUACUGCCAUCAUCCCCAAAAUGCUGACAAGUUUUGUCCCAAAGAAGAACAUCAUUUCCUAUGCAGGGUGUAUGACUCAGCUCUUUUUCUUGUGUUUUUUUGCCUUUUCUGAAUCCUUCAUCCUCUCAGCGAUGGCAUAUGACCGCUAUGUCGCCAUCUGUAAACCACUGGUGUACACGGUCACUAUGUCUCCUCAGGUGUGUUUAUUCCUUUUGUUGGGGGUCUAUGGGAUGGGGGUUUUUGGGGCUGUGGCUCAUACAGGAAAUAUGGUAUUUCUGACCUUUUGUGCUGACAACCUUGUCAAUCACUAUAUGUGUGACAUCAUUCCUUUCCUUGAGCUCUCCUGCAAUAGCUCUUACAUAAACGUACUAGUCUUUAUUGCUGUGACUAUUGGCAUUGGGGUGCCUUUUGUUGCCAUUUUUCUCUCUUAUGUUUUCAUUCUUUUCAGCAUUUUCCACGUUAGCUCCACUGAGGGAAGGUCCAAAGCCUUCAGUACUUGCAGUUCCCACAUAAUUGCAGUUUCUCUUUUCUUUGGGUCAGGAGCUUUUAUGUACCUCAAAUCACCUUCUAUUUCACCUCUUGACCAGGGGAAAGCGUCCUCCGUAUUCUAUACCAUUGUUGUGCCCAUGUUCAACUCAUUAAUCUAUAGACUGAGGGGGCUUCCCUGGAAUAAGGACGUCAAAUUUGCCCUGAAGAAAACCUUGGGCAGAAUAACCUUCUCUUGA